AUGACAACAUACUAUUUUGAAUCUUGCUCCCUCCCUUUGGCUUAAGGUGCAUGGUAGUGAACAGAAGAAGGCACAUCAUAGAUAGUCACCAAUCUAUCACUUUGGAUCGUAACAAGCAGGGAUAAACCGGUUUCAAAAUGUACUCCAGCAACACUCAGCAAUCACUGAAAUCAGGUGUGAGUCCCAAUUUGGCAAUUAAAAGCACUCACACAAGGAAAAAAGCUCCUCUGCAAGACAACAGCUGGAUUAAGAAAGAUAGAGAAGAAGAUGAACCAGGAGAUGAAAAUCCUAACUAUAGCAGAGAUGUCUUGAGUAGCCUUGAAACAUGGAACAGCACUGAAAGCAAGCCUGCGGAUGCUAAACAGAGCAACAAAGCAAACUUAAACACCUCGGUUAGCUCAUUCACUAAGAGUGAAAGUCGGGAUUUUCCAAAUAAAAACACCACUCCUACUGCCACCAAACCACCAGUCCCUGACAAGAAAACUGCUUUUACAACACAAUCAAACAAUUUUACAUCUCGGGUGUUCUCAGGUGCAAACUCAAGUGAAAAAAUGCUCAACCCUGUUAAAAAAUUUAUGAAUGAGAAGUCAGAUCCAGUGUCAGAUCCACGUAAAGAAGUCCCUGACAGCACUGAGAGUAAAAUUAAAAUCCCUAUUCCUCCAACAACUACAAUUACAUCAGUCAGGAAGACAGCUGAGACCUUCACAACCCCAGAAAAAACCUAUCCUUCCUUUGCAAGCAAAAAAGAAACUGACUCAAAGAGCCUCGAGCAGAGCUCCCCAAAGAGUCCUUUGGAUACAUAUACUUCUCAGCAAGUAAACACUACUGAACUGACAGUUGGCUCAACUGUAAAAUUGAUUUCACAUGCAUCCCAAUCUCUGCACUCACCCAUGAAUCCAACACCUGUACCUUCAACAGCAUCCAGGAUUGUCGGUAAAAGGGAUCUCUGCUCAUUUUGUGCUAAAAGCAUUAUUGAGGGAGAAAGGAUUAUUUUGGAUGACCUUCAAAUCUUUAGUCACACAUUCUGCUUCAAGUGUGACAUAUGUUAUCAUGCUCUUGGAAAUCUGGAGGCAGGUGACAGUCUGUGGGUGCACAGGGGAAGGGUGACAUGUGCAAACUGUUACAUAAAGACAAAAGAUCAGUGGUAUCGCUGAAGACAUGAAGUCUAUUUUGGACCCUUGAAAAAGAAACAUACACCUUAUGUGUUUAAAUCAAGCAUAAUUCUUUUUGUAACAUCUAAAUGGCAUCUUUAACUAAUUUCUUUAAUAUAUUUACAUGGGAAAAAAGAAAGAUGUAUUUGCUCCUUUUGUUUUCUACAUGUUUCUGGAAAUAUAAUCUGCAAAAAAGAAAGAAUCAAAAAUAAAUACAUGACAAAUGCUUUAAUAACA